GUGAUUCAGAAUCAGGUGAUUCUUUUUCCCGGAAGUGACUUACGUGCAUAUAGCCUUUAGCUUAUUUAUGCAACUUUCCUUAUUUUUGCCUUUAAAUAAAGCAUUAUUGUACUUGUUUUCAUGGAGGCUACACUAGAGCAACACCUCGACGAUACAAUGAAAAACCCUGCGAUUGUUGGAGUUUUGUGUACAGACGCGCAAGGCCAUAAUCUUGGAUGCCGUGGCUCCCUUUCUGAUGAGCAUGGUGGAGUUGUGUCUGUUUUGGCUAAACAGGCUGCCUCUUUAACUAAAGAUCCAACAGACUCUCCUACUGUGUGUCUCGAAUCUGAUUCAGGGAAUGUUCUGGUGAGGACACACGGGACAAUCACAGUAGCCGUGCACAAGAUGGUUUCAUAAAAUCUUUGGAUGCAUGCUCCAUCUUUACCAGAUCUGAGUUGUUGCUAAUGUACAGAAACAUGGCUGAUGCACAUUACACCUUAUCUGCUUUUGUUUACAAAAAGACUCAUGCAUAUCUGAUAACUGCCAUGUGUUGUGCUUUGCUUAUAAUGACAUGUUUUGCAGUAUUUUAAGUAACUGGUAUAGUGCUUGCAUAUAUACAUUUCCUAAUUAUUUAGUACUUUCUGGUUUAACACGAAAUUCCUGAUGGUGUCUUAAAAUGUUGCUGUUAAUAAAUUAUUUAAUAAACAGUUAUUUGAUGGUUUGUCCUAAA